GCGCCCUUAACCCGGUGUUUGACUCCCACCGACACACCGUCUGUUCGUCUGACCGGGACACCUGCUCCGAGCCUCAGAAACGUGACAGAAGAAGGAUGUCGAAAGAGAAGACGCAGAAUCCGCCUGCUGACCGCGGCCAGGCUGUAAAACUCAUCAUCUUUGUGCUCGGUCUGGGAACCCUGCUGCCCUGGAACUUCUUCAUCACGGCCUCGCAGUAUUUUAACGAGCGUCUCGCACCACCAAACGUCACCUCUAACAGCUCGUCAGGCGGCACGUCGAAGGACUACAACUAUGACAGCUGGAUGGCUUUGCUCUCCCAGCUGCCCCUGCUGCUGUUCACCCUGCUCAACUCUUUCCUGUAUCAGUGGGUCAGGGAGCGCCUCCGUGUGGCCUUCAGCCUGGUCGUCAUCUUCCUCCUCUUCGCCCUCACUGCCGCUCUGGUCCAGGUCCCCAUGCAGGCGGACACCUUCUUCUCCGUCACCAUGGCAACCAUCUGGUUCAUUAACAUGUGUGGUGCGGUGCUGCAGGGCAGUCUGUUCGGGGUGGUCGGCCUGUUCCCUCCUUGUUACAGCACCCUGUUCAUGAGCGGUCAGGGUCUGGCCGGGAUCUUCGCUGCCUUCGCCAUGCUGUUCUCCAUCUUAACCAAACCGGACCAGAGCUCGGCUGCUCUGGGAUACUUCAUCACUCCGUGCGUGGCCACUCUGGGGACGCUGCUGUGCUACCUGCUGCUGCCUCACCUGGAAUUUGCACGUUUUUAUUUGAACAGAAGUCAGUCUGACGACGUGGAGACGACGAAGGAGCUCAUCGGCACCACAGAAAAAGGCUUGAACAACAAUCAGAAACACUUCCAGGCCAACGGAGGGUUGAUCAGCGAGCGGGAGGAGAGUCAGGAGCGUUCCUCCGUCCUGGCCGUCUUCAAGAAGAUCUGGCUGAUGGCUCUGUGUGUGACGUGUGUGUUCGCCGUCACCCUGUCGGUGUUUCCUGUCAUCACAGUUCAAGUUCGGACGGUUUACAAGGACAACGCUGCCUGGAACAAAGUGUUCACCUGCGUUUGCUGCUUCAUCGUCUUCAACGUCAUGGACCUUCUGGGUCGCGGCGCCCCGUCCCUCGUCCAGUGGCCGUCCAAGGAGAGCCGCUGGUUUCCAGCUGCUGUGUUUUCUCGCCUGGUCUUCAUCCCUCUGCUCAUGCUGUGCAACAUCCAGGGAUCCAACCUCACCGUCCUCCGUCACGACAGCGCCUUUGUCGUCAUCAUGGCUCUGUUCUCCUUCUCUAACGGAUACCUGGCCAGCCUCUGCAUGUCCUACGCUCCACAGUUGGUGCGCUGUAAGGACUGCGAGACCGCCGGCUCUCUGAUGACCUUCUUCCUGGUUCUGGGUCUGGCUGUCGGAGCUUCCUUCUCGUUCCUGCUGGGAAAGCUGGUGAAGACGACUUGAUGAAACUUUAAUCGUGACUGACUGGUGGAACACUGGAAUGAAACGACUCAUUUGAUGAAACAGCUCGAACACAAACCAAGUACAAGCACUUUGAGUUAGCGCUGUUUUUUUUGUUUUUUUUAAUUCAGAAUUGUGAAAGCAUUAUUUCUUAUCUCGAUCAACACACCUACAUCUCAGAUGACUUCUGUAGUUACUGAUCGGUGCUUUUAUUAAAGCUGGAGUCGGCUGGAAAAGUUAAAAUUUGAGCAUACG